ACGAGAAGUCGAAAAGUGCGUGCUAAUUAACAAAAAUUUCACGCAACAAAAGAAGAAUAGAAACGUAAUUUUAAUUGACAUGAAGCUUUUAACAAAUGUACAAAAACUGCUGUUGCUUAAUUGCCGCAAUAGCAUGAACCACCGACUAAUAAAAACAACAACAAAGGAGGCGGCGCAUGAUCAACCGGCAAUAACCAGUGCACAGCUGGAUGAGCUGGAACGAAAUGUACUCAUGCGGCAUCACAAGAACAAUAUACCACGAAUUCGGCAGCUUGUGGAAAGCAUGCAGGUGAACAGAGGGCAAGGAGCGGAGGACACACGCCAGGAAUUGGCUGCUGAGCUCCAGCAACUACCGAACGCAACUCAUCCGCGCCUGCUCACAUACGACAAUGAGGCAAUGGAGCUGGCUAAGUUUGAACAUCGUCUUCAGCCUGAGCGAGCCAAAGAGUUCUCGGAACUGGCGCGUACACUUAACCUGUACCGCAUGGAGCAUCUGGGCAAUUAUACGGGGCACAAGAGCUACUACCUGAUGGGUCAGCUGGCCAUGCUGGAGCAGGCUAUCAUACAAUACGCACUGAAAUCGCUGACUCGAAAUAAAUUUAUUCUUAUCUCAGUGCCUGACGUACUGCCCCGAGGGAUUAUCGAGAGCUGUGGCAUGCGUACCGAAGGCGAACGGACACAGGUCUAUAAGUUGGACAUAGGAGAAUGCCUGUCGGGCACUUCCGAAAUGGCUCUCGCUGGUUACUUUGCAAACCGGCAGUUGACGGAACACGAGUUGCCUUUAAAAGUAGCUGCCGUCAGUCGUUGCUAUCGAGCAGAGACCUCAGGACUGCACGAGGAGAAGGGCAUCUACCGGGUGCAUCAGUUUACCAAGGUAGAAAUGUUUGCCAUUGCGACGGCCGAUCAAUCGGAGCCCACGCUCGAGGAGCUCAAGAACAUUGAAAUAGAUUUGUUUAAGCGAUUGGGCAUUAACUUUCGACUGCUCGACAUGCCGCCUUGUGAGCUGGGUGCGCCCGCAUAUCAGAAAUAUGAUAUAGAAGCGUGGAUGCCAGGUCGCCAGAUGUGGGGUGAAAUAUCAAGCUGCAGUAACUGCACGGACUACCAGGCCAAGCGCCUGAAUAUCACGUAUAAACGCGCCUGUGAUGGAGCGGUCGUAUAUGCUCAUACUCUCAAUGGUACCGCCACGGCAAUUCCACGGCUACUGAUCGCUCUAACUGAGUCAUAUCAGAGCGGAGAUCACAUACAGAUACCAGAGGUAUUAGUACCCUUUAUGAAUGAACAGCGUACGAUAACAAAGAAUAAAAAGGUCCCUGAGACUAAGCUGGUAAAGUUUAUCAAAACAGCUUAGGCUCUGCAUUUAAGAGAUAUGAAAUAAAUAA